UGAAAGUAACUAACUCAUAAUGUAGGCACAUCUCCACAGGUGAAGCAGGGUGAGGAAACUGAUUAAUAAAAGCAGAAGGGAUGGGAAUUCUGCUGAGCAAAAAUGAGUGGGAUCCAGUGGAUGAACCUGUUGUUUCUGAAGACUCACCGAAAAAUGAUGAUGGCACAGGAGAAGUUGAUGACCUCAAUUCUGUACCAACUAAAACAAUGGAGAAAGAGAUGGACAAUACAAUUUUCAAUGAAAAGACUGAGUCCUUGAAUGAACCUGGUGUUGCUGAACACUCACAGAAUGAGGACAUCCCAGGAGGAGAGGAUGAAUUCAAGCCUUCACAAACUGCAUAUAUGGAGAAAGGAAAAGAAAGGGAAAAUGCAGUUAUUAAGGAAAAGUGCAAUCUAUUGAAAGCCCCUGGUGUUUCUGAACACUCACAGAAAAAUGAUGACAAUACAGGUGGAGAGGGUCGCAUCAAGCCUGUACCAACUAAAACUAAGAAGAAAGGUACCUCCAAUAUGACAAGGAGUGUAAGCGAGGAUAAGCAGUCAGUGACUCAAGUCAAAAAAGGACAAUGUACAGGAAACAUUGAACGACUUCUCAGCAGGCUUCGCCUUCAAGACAAAAAAACAAAGAUGUCACCAGCAGACUUACUUAAAAUAUGUCCUCCUGUGAAACAGAUCCAUGACACAUCUGAGAAAGAUCUAGCAUGUACAUUUCUUCAGAAGUUAUCAAUGCUGGACUAUCGAGCCAGAUAUAUUCCUGUAAGACAAGAUAAUGCUGAUGUGAGCUAUUCACAAACUGUUACGAUUUCUGACAGUGAUGACUUAGAUGCUCUAUUUAGCACCAGUGUAGACUCCCAAUCAAAAGAGUGUCAUGUGCAUCCAAUGGAUGUUCAGAUGGCAGUAUUUCACUGCUCAGACAGUUUUCUGAAGCAGAACCUGGUUACAAAGCUAUCCCAGUGUCAGUACGCCUUACCUUUGCUUGUCCCUGACCCAGUCACUAUGGAUAUUGAAUGUCCUCUGUGGACAUUCAGGCAGAUAACAAAAACAUGGAAGAAAACUCAAAUCAAGGGUGAUUCAAAUGCCAUCACCAUGAAGACCAUGCCCAUUUGCAAAGCUGAGACACCCAUGGUGUUUUUCUUCCGCCUGGGUUCACUUCCAGUGUCAAAAUCUCAGCUCAUGAACACUGUGAUCAAUGACCGUCACAGCACCUUCUUCCAUAGAAAUUGUCCAGGUAGCACCAAAUCUCGCCUGCUGAUGGAUGGUGUGGCAGAGAUUGCCUGGUACUGUCCAGCCGGAAAACCCAAUGACUCCUUUACAGACUGCAUUGCCUUUUGUAAUCUUCAUGGUGAUGCUCUGUCAUUUGAAAAACAGCGUGAGAUACUCAUUGAAAAAGCUUCAGUCACUGUUGUUCUUGUGAGAACUCUGGAAAAAGGCCAGAAAGGUACUACAGUCAUCUCAGAGCUUUACAGGUCACCAAAGCCUCUCAUUAUUCUCAUUGCUGAUAAUGAUGGUGGUGCAGUUCAAGUCAAAGAUGGAAAAUACAAAGUGGGUCUGAAAGACAGAAGCCAGUCAGAUGUUUCUGAAGAACUGAAAGGAAUUAUCAGAAAGAUUUUAAAUGAACCUCACACAUCCUUCCAGCUUGAGUCCAUGGCCAAAGUCCCUGGAGUCAGAGUGGAUGAAGAUGAUGAAGUCUGUCAAAAAGGGAAAUCAGCUGCAUUGAAAACAGUUAAUAUGCUUCAAGGGAUGGAAAUUUCAAAGAUCAAAGAUACAUUUCUACCUUGUCAAGGUGAUCUGUGGCAUGAGUGGUGCAGAAUAAAUAAAGAGCUGUAUCACCUUAAAGGACACAUUGAGAAGGAAAAAAGUCAUAAGCAACAGCAACUGAGUAAAAUAAGACAAAAUCAAUGCAAAGCUUCAUGUAGUGAACUGAUGAAGUCAUUCACAGAAAGCCUCUUGUCUUUGCCAUCAAAACAGAAGGAGUACUUCCUGAAAUGGACUCAGAUCUUAAUAGAUGCCCUAUCCACAGACGAUCUCUCUUCAAUUCUCCAAAGCUAUGAUGAAAAGUGGACUGAAGUCUUGACUCUGAAGAAGAAACACGACAAAUCUGAUCUGUUAACAAACAAACAAACAGAGCUUGAACAAAUAUCCAAAACACUGCAGUCUGCAACCUUUGGCUUGGAGCACAUCUUCAGAGAAAUGGGACAGAUCUAUGAAGCCCAUAGAGCAGUACAAGCAGAGAGCAGAGCAGUAAAACCAAAACAUACACACACUGACUGGUCUAAAUACCCUAAAUUGGCUGCUGAUCUGAUGAUUUCAGGACACCCAGUGGAGCUGAUGGAUGGUGAUGCAGGUCAUGUGCCUCUAACAUGGAUCUCCAGUCUUAUAAAGGAACUGAUUAAAAAACUAGGUGACCAGAGAGUUUUUGUGUUGUCAGUUUUGGGCCUACAAAGCAGUGGAAAAUCAACAAUGCUGAAUGCCAUGUUUGGAUUGCAGUUUGCAGUGAGUGCAGGCAGGUGCACCAAAGGUGCCUUCAUGCAGCUGGUCAAAGUGUCAGAGGAAAUCAAGAAAGACUUCCAGUUUGACUAUUUUCUAGUGGUGGACACUGAAGGACUACGGGCUCUUGAGCUGGCAGGAAAUGCUACUCUUCAUCACGACAAUGCACUAGCAACAUUUGUUGUUGGCCUAGGAAGCUUGACACUGAUCAACAUCUUUGGUGAGAAUCCAGCUGAGAUGCAGGAUGUCCUGCAAAUUGUUGUUCAGGCUUUCAUGAGGAUGAAGAAAGUUAAACUUUCCCCAAGUUGUGUGUUUGUUCACCAGAAUGUGACAGAUAUUGCAGCUGCUGAGAAAAACAUGGAUGGGAAAAGACGCCUGCAAGAAAAACUGGACCAGAUGGCUCAGCUAGCUGCUAAAGAGGAGCUGUGUGAUGCUGAGUGCUUCAGUGAAGUCAUUGACUUUGAUGUGCAAAAAGAUGUGAAAUACUUUGCUCAGUUAUGGGAGGGAAGUCCACCGAUGGCUCCUCCAAAUCCAGGCUACAGCGAGAGCAUCCAAGAGCUGAAGAACAUCAUCCUGUCUAAGGCUAAAUGCUCUGCUGGGAUCACUCUCUCACAUUUUAACAGAAAGAUACAAGACCUGUGGAAAGCCCUGAUGAAUGAACAAUUUGUUUUCAGUUUCAAAAACACAUUAGAAAUUGCAGUUUACAGAAAACUUGAGGUUGAGUAUGGAAACUGGACCUGGGCCCUGAGGAGCAACAUGCUGGCGAUUGAAAACCAGCUUCACACCAGAAUUGAAAAUGGAGAACUUGACAAGGUUGAGCGUAGUGAUCUUUUCAAAGCGAUGAGUGAAAAAUAUAAAGAAGUAGAAAAAGAUAUGUCAAAGUACUUUGAGGAUGACAGAGACAAAGAAAUGUUGGUUCAGUGGAGAGGCCGAUUUGAAAACAAAAUAAAGGAGUUCCAAGAGGAACUGGUGAGAGGAGUGGAAAGAAAACUGGAUGAAGUUAUUCAGCAGAAAAAAGCUUGUAAAAAGCUGGAUGAUAAGAAGACCGAAUUUGAGAACAAGCUGCUGCAAAAAAGUAAAAAGCUUGCUCAUAAGUUAAAAGACAAAGCAAAAAAUCAAGAGGAACUUAAAAAACAUUUCAACUCAGUUUGGGAUCACUGGGUAAAAGAGUUAACUGCAGAUGCACAACCCAUUCAGGACAUCAAGCUGGAUGACGAUCAGGCAAAUAUCCUUAAUGACCUUGGUUUUGAAUGGAAUCUCAUAUUUGAAUGCAAAAAGAAUGGCAGAUACAAAAAAAUAUCUGAGGUUGGCAAUUAUUCUGAUUAUAUCGUCCUUGGCAAGCACCAAGAUACAACAGGAAAAGGCCUUGCCAGCCAAGUGGCUACAUUUUUUGAAGUUGGUGCUAAAAAAAUAAUAAAUUACUUAAAGAGACCUUUUGAGCAUGAAGACCAGGAAAUGAUAAGAUCCCUCAUAAACAGUGUUGAAAAACAGUCUCUUGAUGCCAUUAUGAGCAAGCCUGUAGCAACAAGAGGCUACAGUUCAACUUACUUACAAGAAGUGGCUAAAACAGUUCAGGACACAGUGACAGAGUUUGAAUCAAAUAAGAAAUGUGCUUUCAAGAAGGAGUUCAGAGUUGACUUGUUACUGUAUGUAUUUGACACUGCUUGCAGUUGGCUUUCACAGUCUCACAAAAAAUACAAAACGAGCAAUGAUGCACUCACUUACUUGGAAAGCAAAAAAACACAAUACUACAACAUUUUCAGCAGCUUUUGCAAAGGAAACUCAUCUGCUGUUGUGUUUGGAGAAAUGAUCUGUGAAAAACUGAGGGUUUCCAUUGUUGAAGCAGUCUGUAACAAAGUUGCCAUUGAUCUCGCUGGAGAGAUGAGGUGCACUUUCCCAGCAUUCAAUGGGAACAGACUGAACUUAGAGAAACAUUUGUUGAAGUCACUUGCAGAGAAAGAGGACUUCGAUGCUUUCAUCACCUACAUUCGAAAUCCGAGGAAGCAAGCUGAGGCUUUUAUCAAAGAGAAAGUAAACACAUACAUGCUUGGAGAGCACAAAGAUAAAGCACUAAGUAUACUCAGGAAAAAUGUGGAGGACAUCAACAAACUUGUCAUUCAAGCUUUAUUUGACACAACAAAAAAAGUCAAAACCCAGAGAGGAGACACAGACAUGUGGGCAAAGGAGUUUUCUAGUCUCCUCAGUGAUAAACUGACCCUUGAUGCCAUCUCUUGUCAAAACUUCAAGGACAUAAAAAAUUUUGACUUCCUUCAAGAAACGAUUGAGAAAGGCCUUGUGUCCAUCACAAAGAUGAUAAGCCAGCUUUCGCUGGAUCAGAUGAAGGAAUUCAGACUGAGACCUGAUCAAAUCCUCAUCGAUCAGCUGUGUAACUGCUGCUGGGAAACCUGCCCGUUCUGUGCAGCUGUUUGUACCAACACAAUUAAAGAUCACAGUCCUGAAGACCACAGUGUCCCCUUUCAUCGAUCUCAAGCAAUCAAUGGUUGGCACUACAGAAACACUGAGAUAUUGUGUGUUGAGUUUUGUACAACCAAAGUUGCAAGUGAAGGAAGUUUUUACCCUUGCCAUGACUCAAAUCAUACCAUUCCUUUUAAAAAAUACAGAACUGCUGGACCACCAUAUGAAAACUGGAGCAUUACCCCUGAUGAGUCUAAGCUCAAGUAUUGGACAUGGUUUGUGUGUCAGUUUCAGGAGAAACUCGAAAACCACUAUGGUUUAAAAUUCACACAGUAUGGUGAGAUUCCCAGUGAGUGGAAAAUGCAUGAAAAAAAAGAGGCUAUUCAAAGUCUGGAUGAAAUGUACAGUACAAACUGAACAGUCUCAGUUUUACACAUUUUUAGUUUGCUGAAAAUCACAAGAGCUGUUUUACCUUGAUUACUCACAAAAAAACUUUAAAAUAUAAUGUUAAUGAUUUAAACAUUAAAUGUGCGUGACAGAAUGGUAUAUAUAUUUCUGCUGUGGUCACAUAAAUGCUCACACAUGAGAGAAACAAUCAUUUUGAGAAUGUAAUGAGAAUUAAAACCAAAUAUAUUAUUGUGAACAUUAAUGAAUAGUUUUCUGUUUUAUUUUUAACAAGAAAUUACAAUAUUUUUCUUUUUUAUAGUUUCAUGAAACAUUUCUUUCAAUAAUGUGUUUAUGUGUGUGUUCUAUUCUAAUUUUAUUUAGGUGUAAGGUGUAGCAAAUGAAUAUUUUAUGUUUCUGAUGUUUAUGUUUCUUUACGUUUCUGAUUUGACAUACGAACUUUAACUUCAUUUAAAUCAUCACAGCAUGUUUUAGCUUUUACUCAAAUCUCAGUUUAUUUUAACUAUUGAACUAAGAUGAGAAUAUUUUUAAACAAUGUUGUUUCAAUUAUUUGUGGAAUUGUUAAUCAAUGACAAUAAAAAAGUGGAAUUUGA